CGCCUAUUUUUUCUUUGCCUCAGAACAAAUGUCGGAACAUCAAAAUUAGCUAUUGCUAUAUAGCACCCUCUCUAUAUCGUGUUCCCUUAUUUUAAACUCAUUCCUAAACUCUCUCUCUAUCUUUCUUUCUCUCUUUUCUAUUUUUAUUUCUCUUUUUCAUAUUAUUUUUGGGGUAGUACUAUAAGAAAAUUUAUCAAAAGUAGCAGUAGUUAUAUUUGGUUGACACAUAUAUAUUCAACAUGGGAGGUUGUGCAACAAAGCCAAAGGUUUUGAAUCCCGACGCGGCGGCCGAUGCACCCGCACCUAUUCCUGAGCCAGCGACUAAGGAAGUAGCCGUGGCUGCACCCGCCGCUGCAGGCCCCGGCUCGGCUGAGGAGACGAAGGAGAAGGAGGUGGUGGUGGCUGAAGCUCAUCACGAUGAGGAGAAGAAGGUUGAAGGAGAUGAUACUAUCAAGGAGAUUGUUGAUGAUGACAAGGCUAGCGAUGAACAAGAACAAGGAAUUAAGCGCCGCUCUCUCAGUAACUUGUUCAAACAGAAUACAGAUGGGAAGGAGUCAACAGAAAAUGAUCAGAAAUCCCCAUUAGAGACUGAAAAAACUACUGAGGAAUCUGAAACUAAAACCCCCAAGGCUGAGGAGCCUGAGGCUAAUAAGGUUGAUACUUUAGCAAAGGUUGAAACGACAGACAAAGUGAUAGAAGCUGCCCCAGUUACUGUAGAGACAGAAAACAAGGCAAUAUCACCUGAGGAGGAAAAAGCAGAGAAAAGUGCCCAAGUAGAAACAUCUGUGGAAAAAGUUACGGAGAGAGUUGAGGAAACCGCUGAGACAAAUGGCCAAGCUUUGAUAUCUGAAGAAAAGGUAGAAAAUGUGAAGGAAAGUGAGGAGAAAAAUGUCAAGGAAAUACCUGAGGAAAAGGCUGCAGAUGUGAAGAAAGACGAUGUUGAUAAAGAGAAGAAGGAAAAGAAAGAGUUACCUGUAGAACAUAAAACAGAGGUGAAGGAAAGUGUUGAAGAAACUACUAAAGUGUGAAAAUUAAAGGCUUCUUAAAAAUUAUACUAAAAUAUGAGGAAGAAAGACAUGUCAUUUUGCAUGUUGUUCUACUGGAGAAGGUUUGCCUAUUAUUGAGGUGCUUAAGAUAAAUCUUGUAAUCUUUUUUCUUUUUUUUUUUUUUUUAGA